UCCACUGCUCACUCUCCUCUAUCUGAUCUCCCUCAUCACUUGCUGCAAUAAGCAACCUUACUUCUGAAUUCGAUCGUGUCCUUGGUCUCUGUCGUCUCUCGUCGUCUUGCAUGCAUUAAUUUGGUCGUCGCCGGCCGGCCACCACCACCACGGCUGCUGCUGCCGCUGCUGCUAUAGAUAAUGGGCAAGGCGAGCACGGUGUCGUCGCUGCUGUGCUGCCCGUGCCGGUGCCUCUUCUGCGGCGUGCUCAGCUGCCUCUUCAGCGUCCUCACCUGCGUCUUCUGCAGCGCCGGCCUCGUCGCCCUCGUCCUCUACCUCCUCUUCCGCCCCCACAUCAUCCGCGCCACCGCCGUCUCCGCCGACCUCUCCGCCUUCACCCUCACCCCGCAGACAUGGAUCCUCCGAUACAACCUCUCCCUCGCCGUCCAGCUCCACAACCCAAACAAGCGCAUCGCCCUCCACUACCUCGACGUCGCCGCGCACGCCUACUACGAGGGCCAGCGCCUCGCCGACGCCGGACUGCCCGACCUGUUCCAGGACACCGGAGAGACCAGCCCCCUCAACCCGGAGUUCGCCGGCGACGCCCCGCUCGUCGGAGGCGUCGCGGCCGCAGGAUUCCGGAGGGAGGCCGCCGAGGGCGCCACCUUCUCCGUGGACGUCAAGAUCAGCGCCCACAUGAAGCUCAGGCUCUGGGUCAUCACCGUGCCGGGGCCCAAGACCCAGAUCGACUGCCCGGUCAGGAUCCAGAGACGGAACGCCACCGACGACGGCGGCGCCCGCCCGCCGCCGGAGUUCCAUCCAACGGAAUGCAGGGUCUGGUUCUGAUCUCGAUCGAUCACCUCUUAAUUAGUUGGAUGUUG